GUGCGGGCUGCGGUUGGGGCGCCGGGCAGUGCCGAGCGCGAGGGCGGCGCCGUCCGUUUGUGGGGGCGCGUGAGGAGCGGGGUGUUUCGCGGUGAAAAUAGAUAACCAGCAGAGGAGAGAAGACCUUGUGUGAAUUAUGUCCAGGAGAAAGUUGGAGAGCAAGAGCCUUUUAGGCUUGUCCACAUCUCUUCAGACACAAAUCAAGAUGGAUAAUUUUUAUGAUUUUUACAUGCUUGAACCUAAAGAACUAGGAAGAGGAAGAUGUGCUGUGGUUAGAAAAUGUAUAGCUAAAUCCACAGGCCAAGAAUAUGCAGCUAAAUUUCUAAAGAAGAGGAGAAGAGGACAGGACUGCAAAGCAGAAAUUUUACAUGAAAUUGCUGUGCUUGAAUUAACAAAGUCUAGUCCUCGUGUAGUUAAUCUCCAUGAAGUCUAUGAAAUGAACAAUGAAAUCAUCUUAGUGUUGGAAUAUGCUGCCGGAGGUGAAAUCUUUAAUUUGUGUGUUCCUGACUUUUAUGAGAGAAUUGAAGAAAAUGAUAUUAUCAGACUUAUUCGACAAAUACUUGAAGGACUCUGCUGUCUGCAUGAAAACAGUAUUGUGCAUCUUGAUUUAAAGCCCCAGAACAUCUUGCUGAGCAGUUUCAAUCCUCUUGGUGAUGUAAAAAUUGUAGAUUUUGGUAUGUCUCGGAAGAUCGAGAAUGCUAGUGAACUGCGGCAAAUCAUAGGAACUACAGAAUAUCUAGCUCCAGAAAUCUUAAACUAUGAUCCUAUUACCACGGCUGCAGAUAUGUGGAAUAUUGGUGUAAUCUCAUAUAUGCUGCUAACUCAAGAAUCUCCAUUUGUGGGGGCUGAUAAUCAAGAAACUUUCCUCAAUAUCUCUCAAAUCAAUGUGGAUUAUUCAGAGGAAACUUUUGCAUCAGUUUCAUACCUGGCCAGAGACUUCAUUCAAAAACUCCUUGUCAAAAACCCAGAGGAAAGACCAACAGCAGAGGCCUGUCUCUCUCAUUCUUGGCUGAAACAGGGGGAAUUCAUACUAUUGCAUAGUCCUGAAGAAUCUUCCUGUCCUUCUCCAAUGCAGGAACACACAACAAAGUGUUCAGAGGAAAGGAAUACUAAAUCAAUUUGCAAUGGUACCUGUGGUGACCGAGCAGAUAAAGAAAACAUUCCAGAAGACAGCAGUACAGUCUCUAAACGUUUUCGAUUUGAUGAUUCAUUGCAAGACUUCAUGACAGACUUAGUAUGUUAAUACAUGGCUGGCUGUGCAGGUCCUCUGAACUGAAUUUAGGAUUAUAAUCUAUUCCAGUGGUGAAUAUUGUGAGAUUAUGGCUUGUCCAUUCGUGCAGCAUGGUUAUACUGAAAUGCACUUUCGAAUGAUCCUCUUAUGCGGUACUUCCUUUCAUGUCCAUUGCUGGCAAUGGCUUUUACUCCUGAGAAACUGGAGUUCUGGCAUCAGGGGAGAGCCUUAUGUUUUGAAGGUGAUUUAGUUGAAUAUAUUUGCACUUUUCAAGUUUUAGUCCAAAAAACGUUUAAUAUAAUAGAGAAUAAAAAUAUAAAAAGUUGUGAAUGUUAAUAAACGGACUCUAGUUAAACAACUUAUAAAAGUGCUCAAGACAGUGAUCUAAUAACAUAAGCACAUUUCUGUGACUAAGACUUGAUAAUGGAUUGAAGCAGAGAAAUUGAAACUAAUUUCUGACAGCCUUUCACUGCAGUGACAGUGCCAUCUGUUAACUGAGAGUUUAAAAUCAGCGGAAUAUUUGGAUGUAUUGAACACAUUCAGCAAAUACUGUUUACUUGGAAUGUUUAGCUGUGGUUAAGGAUAAUCUUUCUGCCUUAGCUGACUGGUUAAACGUGGAUUGUAUACUGCAUGUGGCAUGUAUUUUUAAUAUGCUAGCAUGAAUGUUUCUGGAAUACUAGAAUAGAAUAAGGGUAGGUUGUCAGUCUUAUUGCUGAAGAUCCUUGCUUCAUAAACAAAUCUAACUGUAAGAGUGUGAAAAGUUUUGCACUGAAGUGCAUGUUGAAACAAGUGUACAUGCUCCAAAGAAGCUGUUGUCAGUCUCCAUAUAUAUAUGGAUUGUAUUGAAAUACUGAUUGCACAGUAUAAAUAUUCCAAUACCCAUAAUAGUUUAGUGUACAUACCUCUUAAAAACAGCAGAGAUGAUGAGACUAAUAGCACCAUAUAGUCUUUUAUUGCUCAUGCAGCUACCAUUCAUCUGCAUUAAGGAUGUGUUAAAAAGCUGAUAGGUGUGGGAUGGAGAGUGUGUUAAUUUGCUUGCAUAGUAAUUUUUCCAACCAAACUAUUUUUCCUCCAAAGUACUUACUCAUGCCGAUCUUGAGAAAUUGGCUGCAAAAUUUCAGAAUUAAAAUUCAGAGCUCUUUUGGUUAUCUAAAUCUAUCAAUUUUUGAAAACAUUCACAUCUAUUUUCUGUUUUGCACUCUCCAUCUUCCAAAAAAAAAAAAC